AUGAACGGCCACCACAGCAACGCCGUUGCUGGGCCCUCAACAAUCCGCUCUCCUCCUCCUCCGCCCCCACUCUCCUCCCACAGCCGCAAUCCCUCUGGCUCAUUAUCCUCCACACACCCCACCCCUGCCCCGACCUUUCCUCUGUUGUUCCAACCUCCGCCCGCCCCCCCACCGCCGCGCCAGCACCUCCACAGUACACAGGACCUCCUCGCGCGCUUCAACCUCCUCCCAGCAUACCAGAAGUACGUCAGCUCGCCUCUAGGGAUCCUGGGCGAGUCGGGAUUGGGUGAUGCACAUGCGGGACAGACCGCUGCGACGCCGGAUAAGGGGAAGGGAAGGGAUAUGGGCACGGGCUUGGGUGGCGCGCCGACACCGGCCGCGGGUGACGUCGACAUGGUCGAUGCCCACGAUGCCGACGACGACGAUGCCGCAGGUGGCAAGGGCGAGAAGAAGCGAAAGAACACCUACAAGCACUUGAUUCAAGGUGUUCCUGGAAGGCACUCUUUCAAAAAGGAUGACUACUUGACGACGAUGAUGCUCAUGCCGCCAAAGCAGCGGGUGCGGAUCCAUCGCUUUGACGAACGGACACGGGAGGAGGCGUUUUCGGUCAGUCUGGAGGGUCUCAAAGGUUGGAAUGUUAACACACUCGUUGUCGAGUCGGCCCAGGCCCGGGAAGACCGGAAAAAACGGAAGGAAGCCAAGCGCGUGGCGAAACUGCAAGCUCAAGCAGGCCAGCUGCCUGGAGCGACAGCCGGAACACCAUUCUCAGGACCUCUCACUGCAUCGACACCCAUCGCACACCCUCAGCCCAUCCAAGCACCGAUACCCACGCCUGCCUCCGGAGCAUCGGUACGGCGGAUGUCAACGCCGCAAAUAGGCAUACCCCGAGCUGUAGUAACUGGCACACCAAGACCUGGUUCAAGAGCUAUAACAACACCGACGACAAAUGUCGUCUCCGCCCCUCCUACGACGGCAGCUAAUGGACAGACUGUGCCACGGCCGACGUCGACGGUCCCCCGGCCAGGUUCAGGUGUUCCCAGGCCAGGCUCAACAGUGCCGAGGCCUGGAUCGGCGGUGCCACGGCCGGGUUCUCAACACCAGCAGCCGGGUGCCAAACUCCCGAACGCAAACAACAUAAAUGCAAGUGCUGGUACGAACAUCGUACGGAGCGGCACGCCUAUGGACGUCAGCACAGACCAGUACGGGCAACGGGGGAAGAAGCGCGAAAGGGAGGAAGGCCCCGGGGUUAGCGCGAAUGGUGUCAAUGGAGUGCGUACGAAUGGAACUUCGUACGUCAACGGGAAUGGUGUAUCGAAUGGGCACGGCGUGCACCAACACCAGCAGCGGCCUAUUCCUAUGGGGGUCCCUACUGCAGGAGGAGCUCCUGCGGGUGGUGUGGCAGCAACUGCGAUGAACGCAAAGGCGGGCACAGGCACCAUCCGGCCCCGGCCGAUCAAGAAGCAGCGUGUGGAUGUGCAAGGGCAAGCGAGAGAUGUUGCGCCGGUGCAGCAGCCUACGCCACAAGGGGUGUGA